GAUCAUUCAAAUAAUUAUGAUAAGAAUUUAUAUAUUUCAUAAAUAGACUUUUUUAAGAAUUCAUAUUUGAUUAGAGUCUUUUGUACCGAAAUAAUUUCUCUAAGAUUAUAUCUAUUUUCAAAUUAAUAGAAAAACGUAGUGAUUAUAUUCAAUUAAUGUUUGCUUGUUAGAAAAAGAUUAGAAAAUAAUGAAUCUGAUAAAUUUAAAUGAAUAUUUCCAAUGCGAUUAAACAUAAGAGAAGUCAAAAUGAAGACUUUGAAAUUCUAUACAGAUAAAAAAAUAAUUAAUAAUAGCAUCAAGGUAUAUAUAUAUAAACGAGACAAAUCAUAAAUAACUAAUGUAAGAUUAACACACAAAAAAAAUAACAUUGUAAAUAAUUAUUGAAUGAAAUAAGACACGAACGCUAGUAAUCUUAUCUAUUCAUUUUUUUUCUUCUUGAAUACAGAUUAUUUACAUAUUUAUAACGAGGUGUCGAAUCAUUUAGUAACUUCUAUAAUUCGAAUGUAACGAGUUGAAAAUAGAAGAGGAAAAAGAGAUCAUGCGAAAUAGACGACGAGAGAAUGUUUUCAUAGAUUUUUCGAUUAGAUAUAAAGGCAUGCAUUAAAGGACAUGUGUAUUUAUUUUAUCUCUUUCUAUAUAUCAUCAUCAUCAUAUAUUACAUAUUCGAUUAAACAAUUAUGAUUGGUCAUCGAAUCAUAUUCGCUUUCAUAGCUUUGUUUUUGUUCUUAGUUAUUACUAUUUCAACAGCUCCAAUUCUUGAUAGAACAUUGGUAACAGAAAUAGUAUUCAAUCUAACAACUAAUGAAACAGUUACAACAACUGAACCAAUUAAUUAUGAUAAUGAAAGUGAAUCUAAUGAAACAUCAAUUGAACAAGAUAUGAAUAUGACUACAUUCCGUUAUACGAGAACAACUACAUCUAUUCCAGAAACAGUAACUAGUGGUUUUCUCGUUGGUAAUUUUAGUGAAGUAUCCGAGAGUAUUGAUGAUCUUAUCAAAAUAAAUGAUUCGUUUUUGUCUACGAGUGAAGAUGAAGUACCUGCAACACCAAUUGAAAGUCCGGAAUCUGUUAAAUUAAAUACAACUCAUUAUUGA